GAGAACUUCCUCAGUAGGACGUACAGCACAGAGUCACAUCAGGUUGGCCAAUCAGACGCAGUCUGUCUCUGAAGAAUAGAGAGUAGAAAGUAUUAAGAAGAUCUUCAUUCAACACAAGAAUUUGAACACAAUGACAUCUCCAAGGUUUGCCGUCGUGACAUGGUUGUUCUUGUGGAAAAUCGCUCAUGCAACUGAUCUAAAAUUGUCAUCACCUGUGCGUCAAGAAAGAGGUUUUGCAUCAGUCGGUGUUGGAGACAAAAUUACUUUGAAAUGUGUCUAUCAGAAUAAAGAUGGAGAAUGGUUUUACUGGCUUAAGCAAAUGUUGGGACAACAACCAAAGCUGAUCUCCACCUUCUAUAAGUACAACAAAAAUGGGACUUUUCAUCAUGAAUUUGAGAACAAUCUUCGCUUCACACUGGAUACGGAAAAAGGUCAAAAUCACCUGACAAUUAUUGAUUUGAAUAUUUCAGACUCAGCAACUUACUACUGUGCACAUAGUACUCCAUAUGUGUUGACUUUUGCUGAGGGUACUGUUGUCAGUGUGCAGGGUUCUAGUUCAAACAUCCCAACUUUAAUCCAUCAGUCACCAUCAGAGACCAUCCAGCCAGGAGGCUCUGUGGCUCUGAACUGUACAGUACAAACUGGGACCUGUGAUGGACAACACAAUGUUUACUGGUUCAAAGACUCUGAAGAAUCUCAUCCAGCACUCAUUUACACUGAUGGAGGCAGCACUGAUCAGUGUGAGAGGAAACCCAACACACAAACACACACCUGUGACUACAACCUGCCGAUGGAGAGCCUGAAUCUGUCUCAUGCUGGAACCUAUUACUGUGCUGUUGCCUCGUGUGGACACAUUCGGUUUGGAGAUGGGACCAAGCUGGAUAUCGAGGAGGGCGACCAUCUUCUCCUGGUGUAUUUAUUGAGUGGAGCUUUGGUAUUCACCACCAUCCUGGUGGUUUUACUGUGUUUUUUGGUCUACAAGCUGUACAAGAAAAAGACAUGUCAAUGUUCAGAGUCUCGCGCAACUGUAUCAGCUCUCCCCUCAGGAAACACAGAGGGUUACCAAAACGCACAGAGCCCUCAUUAUGCUGCUUUAAAUCUCAAUCUGUCCAACGGAUCAUGGAGGGAGAAGAUGAACAUUGACGUUGAAUGUGUGUACUCCAGCACUAAACAGUAAACUCACAAAUAUAUUUACAGAAAAAGAUUUGGGAAUUAUUAGAAAAUAUGUAUAUAUUCAGCCCUCACACUUUAUUACCAUGGCAAGAUUUAGUGGAAAGGCAGGUAAUGUGCCUUUUUUUGUAGUUAGGUGCUAAGUAAGCUAAGCAAUUUGUAUGAAGUAUGAACAUUUGCAUGCAAAUGAUUGUCAUUAGUGAUGAAAUACAGCUGAUACUUUGAUUUUGUAACAAUAUAUUAUGUGCAUGUGUUUUCAUUCU